CAGCAGCCUAUGUAGGUUUAUAAGCUGUAAUCCUAGCAGGCCAAAGGGGCCUCAACACAUCAACUCACUGAAGAUCAAUGGAGUCCAUGGAGGAUGCUCCUGUGUCCUCUGCGUCCCUCUGAGCAGCACCACCCUCCCUCCCUCCCUCCCUCCGCAUCGCGCGCACUCCGGAGUUGAGGAUGAAGACGCAGAACAUCAGGACCAUCUCUCUCAUCUUCUCUAUUGUUUUCUACCUGCUCAUAGGAGCCGCCGUCUUUGACGCGCUAGAGUCGGACAGUGAGAGUUCAAAGAAAAAGGCGCUGGAGCAGAGGCUGAACGAGCUGAAGAAAAAGUACGGCUUCACCGAGGAUGACUACAGAGAGAUUGAGAGAGUGGUCCUCCAGUCGGAGCCGCACCGCGCCGGGAGGCAGUGGAAGUUCGCCGGCUCUUUUUAUUUUGCCAUCACUGUUAUCACCACAAUUGGUUAUGGCCACGCUGCUCCACGCACUGAUGCUGGCAAGACCUUCUGUAUGUUUUACGCUGUCUUGGGCAUUCCUCUGACACUGGUCAUGUUCCAGAGCCUGGGCGAAAGGAUCAACACUUGUGUCCGCUACCUCCUGCGCAGAGCCAAGCAGGGCCUGGGCUUACGGAAGACGGAGGUGUCCAUGGGGAACAUGGUCCUGGUGGGUCUGCUGUCAUGCAUGAGCACCCUGUGUAUUGGAGCUGCAGCCUUCUCCCGCUUUGAGGACUGGACCUUCUUCAGUGCCUACUACUACUGCUUCAUCACGCUCACCACCAUUGGAUUUGGGGAUUUUGUGGCCCUGCAGAAGAAAGAUGCGCUCCAGAAGCAACCCCCCUAUGUGGCAUUUAGCUUCAUGUACAUUUUGGUUGGGCUGACAGUCAUUGGGGCUUUUCUUAACCUGGUGGUCCUGAGGUUUCUCACUGUAAGCACUGAGGAGCCUGACUUGAGGCCUGAGGGAGGGGGGGGGCAGCAGGGAUUGCAGCCUAAGGAUACGCAGGGGGAUAGGGAGGUGUUGGGGGCUGAAGCAGAAACUGCUGAUGUUGAAUAUAAAGAUGGCGAAGACGGACACAGCAGCCUGUGCAACCUGAGCCUUCCCAUGGAGGGGGGCACCAGCUGUAUGAAUCUCCUCCCCUCUCCUGUAGAGGAGCGCAGACUUGUUAUAUCUGAGCACUCUAAGCACUCUGAACCCAGCAGACUCAGGGCCUUGUUCUCCUGCAUGUGCUGUGGCCCGGACAUUUACGACAGCCCCUCCCCGCCUCACCGUGACCAGGCGGGCGGCCACAGCAACCCCGUCUUUUACAACUCCAUCUCCUACAGGGUGGACCAGGCCUCGUGCAGCUCCUGCACCGUGUCGUCACAGGCCUCCCCCAGCAGCGUAGCCCUCUGUCUGGGCAAGAACAAUCUUCACACCAGGAAGAAGUCAUUAUAACUCUCUGAACCUUUGACUUAUGUCUAAGUGGCCUUUGUUUUUUGUACACACCACAGAACAGGUAAAACCCUCUGAUUUUCUGCUUGGUGGAACAAAUUGCCCUGUGCUUUCCUAGUCAUGAAUGUAGCAUUACUUGCUAUCAGAUAAAAUGUAGCAUGUCAUAAAAAUCCUUUACAGUUUAUAACAUAUUUUUCUACAUUAAAUAUUACUGCUAAAGAAAAAUGUGUAAAAAAACCCAACCCAAAUUAAAGUAUGUGAUAUACACUCACCAGCCACUUUAUUAGGUACACCUGUUCAAAUGCUCGUUAACGGAAAUAUCUUAUCAGCCAAUCACGUGGCAGCAACUCACUGCAUUUAGGCAUGUAGACAUGGUCAAGACAAUCUGCUGAAGUUCAAACUAAGCAUCAGAAUGGGGAAGAAAGGGGCUUUAAGUGACUUUGAACGUGGCAUGGUUGUUUUGUGCCAGACUGGCUGGUUUGAGUAUUUCAGAAACUCAUGCACAACCAUCUCUAGGGUUUACAGAGAAUGGUCCAAAAAAGAGAAAAUAUCCAGUGAGCGGCAGUUCUCUGGGCGAAAAUGCCUUGUUGAUGGCAGAGGCCAGAGGAGAAUGGCCAGACUGGCCGAGGUAUGCAGAAGAGCAUGUCUGAACUCACAACACGUCAGGCCUUGAAGCAGAUGGGCUACAGCAGCAGAAGACCACAGCGGGUGCCACUCCUGUCAGCUGAGAACAGCUCUGAAGGCAAAAGGGGGUCCAACCCAGUACUAGCAAGGUGUACCUAAUACAGUGGCCAGUAAGUGUAUAUAUAAACUCAUGUAUUCCACUAUUCUUAUCCCAGUGUACUGUAUGUUAUAUAAAAGGUAGGUUAUGUACAGGAAAUGUUUGAUCAACUAGCAGAAAAUGCAACACACGUGCCUGAGAAAGGUGGGAUUAUCUGCAUUCGUAUUUUAGGUGUCAGACUGUCUGCAGUGUUGUCACCUGUGACCUUCAGUUAUUUACAGUCAGUAGAUAUCAGUGUCCUCUAAUAGGAACGUACACUCUGUCGCUCUGGCUGGUUCCCUAGGUAACGUUUCCAUCCUCAUUGCGUAGUGCAGCGGAAAACUGGAGACAGACAAGUACAGUACAGCGAGCAUUCAUUCGAGGCAGCAUCCAGUCAAAACUGCGAUUCCCAGGCCGCGUCGUCUGUGAUGAAUGAGUGUAUCAGCAAAGAAUGGAAUAUGAGCAGAUGCACUUAAAGAGUGGCACAUUAGAAAUGUCUCCAAAUGACCUUCUUAGAUGUGUAGUUAACUCACACAUGGCUACUGUUCAAAUUAGAUUUUUAACACUAACCAUGAGACAAGGAAAAUAUGCCUUUAAUCGCACUUUUUAAAUAUUGAAAAUAAAACAUGUUUUGUUUGUUUAAUGUAGAAAAUAAGGAAUUUACUUAAAGGGACAGUUCACCCCAAAAUCAAAAAUGCAUAUUUUCCCUCUUACCUGUAGUGCUAUUUAUCCAUCUAGAUUGUUUUGGUGUGCGCCGCCCUGACACCCAGACCUGGCCCACGCCCCAUGUAUAAGGCUGAGUCCUUGGCCCCCCAUGGCCGGGGUUCGAAACCAACCUGCGGCCCUUUGCUGCAUGUCAUCCCCCCUCUCUCUGGCUCCCACAUUUCCUGUCUCUCUUCAGCUGUUCUUAUCAAAUAAAGGCAAAAAGCCCCCCCCCCCACACACCAAAAA